CCCCCACAAGUGUUAGGGUUUUACAAAAUUGAAAUUAGAAGAUGCUGGACGCCCGUACGCUUACAAAUUCAAAUUCGGGCAACCGGUCGAUCCUUACGCUCAGAAAUAUUUGGAGAAGUUAUUGUGGAAGACAGGCUUUUUGGGUCCAUGGACAUGAAAGUUUUGGUAGUGUAGAUGAUUAUGAUUCUAACAACGGAACAGAUGAUGAUCGGGAGGUUAACUUGAAGAUAUAUUCCGCGUUUGAAGGUGUAAAUUCGUUUCCUUUCAAGAGGAUCAUUUUUCAGUUUUGGCGACCGCUAGAUGACGGAGGAGGAGGAAGGCUGCUACUUGAAUCUUACCGUAACGCUUUUGCCGUUUCGCCUUAUAAUCGCCGUCUACGAGACAAUUAUAGGGUCUGUUCUACCAAAUAUCAAUAUAGUAUCGACCAAGGAGAUAAUAAGAUUAACCACCCUGCUUGGAUCAUAAACGGUGGUCCAGUCGUCACUACAUUCCUGAACCGUUUUCCAGAGGUGGUUCUGGACAUGAGGGAUCAUCAGGGGUCUCCCUUGGCUGUUUGCGGUUUGGAAUGUGAUCUAAAGUGUUGUGUGAUGCUACCUGUUUUUCAUUCUGCUUCUUCUGAAUGUGUCGGUGUUGUUGAGUGCUCUAUGAAGCAUCCCGCCCUUCUUCUUCCGAUAUUUAUCGAGUUGAAACGUGAACUAGAGAGAGUAGGCCUACUGACUAUUUUUCCUGUACAAGGAAGUUGGCCACACAAGACUAUAUCCGGCGAUAUGGAAGUCGCCAAACUCGAAAUUGAAAAGGCGUUAGAGAUUGUUUGUGAAUCACAUGACUUGACUCUUGGUCAAGUUUGGAUCCCUUAUGAACCCAACGCUUGUCAAAAGUUUCUAGUGAAACUUAGUGGGUAUUCUGUUUAUUUUGACGACGAUCCUUUGUCUUCCAUUAAAGACUUUUAUGAUAAGUUUGAUGUGAUUUCUUUGAAUACGGGUGCGGGGGGGCUCGCUUGGAAGACACUUCAAACUCAUCAACCUCACCUGUGCAGAAACAUAUAUAAGGUGAGUGAUAAUAAGGGGGUAUUGGCGUUACUCUCUGCCAAUGCCAAAUCCAAAUGUGCUUCUUUCGUGAUAUGCUUGAGGAGCGCUCACACAAGAGAACUUGACUACUCGUUUGAGUUCUUUUGGCCUUGCACUCGUAACCAUUUGCUUCUGUUGGAGACUCUGUUAUUGACUCUUAGGAACUACUUGCCAAGUUUCAAGUUUGCAUCUGGUGAACAACUUGGUGAUGAAUUAUUCGUGGUAGAUGUUGAGAGUUCUUCUUUAAGCACAACGAUCAAGAUUCUCCCAGGAAACAAAUUAUCAGAAGCACCUAAGGCAUUAAAUGAAACAAGGGCAACGGUGGGUGUGACAAGAAAGUAUACCUUGACCGACGUCAACAAUCCAGAAGGUGCUGCUGCUGAUGAUGAUCUAGCUAUAUUAGCAUCUUACAGAUACGAAUCCUUGUUAUUCUACCUCCCAAGCUCAUCCACAUUUGAAAAUGUUAUGGAGAAACUUAAUAAGGAGUUUGAGUUGGAUCCAGCUCGGAGCUACAAGGUCCAGUACGAAGUUUCUCCGGGCCAAUGGUGUGGUCUGACAUGCUUAGAGAGUUGCCAGAGAAUAGAAGACAUGGGGCUCAUUAAACUUCGUGUGCUGCCUACCGUUAGAGAAGCAGGCUGGCGGUGGAUAACCAAUACUUAAUUUUCAUUGUGUGGGAAGGGUGCACAGAAGUGGAGGUCACAUAUUUCUAGAUUCUGAACUUAAGUCCGAACGGGUUCACCUGGGAAAGAUGCACCUGAAAGACCCGAAGGACCUUUAUAAAAAAAAUUGGUAAAAGGAACACGGUAAUUGGCGAAAUUACACACUCGGGUGUAAACACAAAAAUUUCCCAGCAAGAAGGGGAUAUAUCGCCCGAUCCUUCUCCCGAAGCUCAGGGUUUAAAAAAGCCAGAAUCUGGUUAACCCUAAUAAAUUUGUCUAGUUGUUUUUGCGUCAGAACACUAAAGCUUACAAACAAGUUUUCUUUACCCGGAACCAUGAUUAAAGGAAA